CCGGUUGGUGCUCUCAUUGAACGAAACAGGUCUUGACCACCGGGAAAAGGGGAAAGCGGGAUGGCGCAGUGGCUGAUGUCACCAACCUACUCAGAUGGACUAGAGAUGCCAGUAGAUGUGAAGGAUGGGGUAUCAGUUGUAAUGCCAGAGGAAGAAACUUGGGUGGACCUAGAGCCGGCCUACCAAACCGUAAUGUUGGCCGAGAGUGAUGCCUUCCUAUGGAUUGAAACGAUGUGGGCCAAAGUGACUUUGACCAGGAUCACGCCGUGCUUGCUGGAUUUAGAAUUCCGAGGGACCGUGGAAGCCCGGGGAUGGGUCUACUUGUCAAAAGAAAGGGAGACUGCGAUGGUGGUAGAGCUCGCUUUGGGGAAAAUGCCGCACAAACUGUUCAGGGAGGCUGAACGGGAAGUAGUGUGGGCCGCGUGCCAACGGGUGGAAAUGACCAUGGAUUCAAUUGAUGUGCGGGUAGAACUCGAGAAUAGGGAGAAUGUGCGCAAGCCAUACAGGGCCCUAAGGGAAUCAAGGAUGGCAAGAGAGCAAAGCUUGUGGGUGCGGAUGUUUAGAGGAUGGACACCUAGGAGGGUUGAGGGCGGGGUAGAGAUGGUCUUGCCAACAAGGAAUGAGUGGCGCGGUGCGGCCUGCGACUGGGUGGGAGUAGAGAUGGUGCCGACUAUGUCCUUUCUGUGGGUAGAACGGAUGUGGGAUCCGGUUCGAGAAAAUGAGGUGUGGGAUGAAAUAGCCGAGGGGAACGCGAAAGCACUUGGGACGGUGUGCCUUUCGAAGAAUGGGUGGUAUAUGUUUUGCACGCACCUAGCGGCGGGGCGAGACUUGAUGUGGAUUUUAGAGGAUGCCGAGCGGUUAACUUGGGAAAUGGGGCAGGAUUUUGCAAAUGAGGGGUGGGAUGAAGUGGGAAGCAGGGUCGUGAUGGGGGGAUGGGAGGACCUUAGGCUCCCCUACCAGUUAGUCCAGGUGAGGGUGCCGCAUUUUGUUGCAGACUGGUUCGGAGGGUACGAACAUAUCCGUGCCGUAGUGGAGUCCAUGGACGAGGUAGAGAUAGGCUUCGCCUGGUUAUCAAACGCUUAUUACGAGGCGUCAUUGCGAUUCGGGCCGUUUUACGGGGAUCGCGCUAGGGAAGUGAUCGAGAUCCUGGAGGAACUCAAGGACUACCGCUUAGAGGUAGGAGAGGAGGUCGAGAUGGCGAUACUCCGCCGAGAGAUAGCCGCGACACCCUCGGCAUGGCAAGUGACUCGGAGGGAAGGGUUCGCGUUCGCCGACCCAGGACGGGAUGAUGUAACGACGACCGUUCGGGUGGUCGAGGCAGAUCUCCUGGCCGAAUCGCAUGCCGGACGCAGUAUUUACUCCUUGAUAGAUUUGUACUCAGGAUACGACCAGCUUCCGCUGGACGCACGAGAUAGGCCCUACACGGCUAUGCAUACGCCAGUAGGACAGUUGCAGAUGCAGGUCACGCCUAUGGGAUUUACUAAUGCGGUAGCAGAGGCAYAGAGGAGAAUGCUCGCGGUGGCCGGGGACAUGUUCCCAGACAAAUGUGAGCCCUACAUUGACGACAAUCCUGUCAAAGGAGCACGGGAGAAGGAUGAGACCGAAGUCCAGCCGGGGAUAAGAAAGUUUGUUUGGGACCACCUGCAGGAUAUUAGAGAGCUGCUGCGAAGAUUCCUAGGAUACAACAUAACCGCUAGCGGUCCGAAGAGUAUCUUGGCAGUUUCAGAAGUCACAAUUUUGGGAUUUCGUUGUGGGGCCUAUGGAAGGAAGCCGGAUCCGGCUAAGACCGAUAAGAUAGCACAAUGGCCUACGCCUCUUCGAACUACAACAGAAGUCAGGGCAUUCCUUGGGGUGGUAGGCUUUUGGAGAAUCUUCAUAAAAGGGUUCGCAAAGAUAGUGGAACCAGUUCGAGCCAUGAUCCGUGAAGAAGGCACGCUYGAUUGGACUGAGGAAAGGGAAUCGGYCGUCCAGACUCUGAAAAAUAUUCUCACAUCCGAAGAAGUCACCCUUGCCGCUCCGUGUUUUAACGACGAGGCCGGUCGACCUUUCAUCCUUGAGACGGAUGGAGGACCAAUKRCAGUCGACGGGGUGCUAAUUCAAAAAGGCGAAGAUGGUAAAGAGCGACCGAUCAGAUUUGAGAGUAYGACGCUCAAUUUGGCCGAGCGGCGCUACUCUCAGUUCAAGAAGGAGGUACUUGCGAUAYUGCAUUGCCUCAAGACCUUYCAGGCUUAUCUCUUCGGGAGGAGGUUUAUCUUGAGGAUAGACCCAACCAAUGUCACCGGGGCCCUGAAGAACUAUAAGCCUAUAGACCCGACCGUUGGAAGAUGGGUAGGGUUUAUCUGGCAGUUCGACUACAAGAUUGAGUGCAUAGCCGGCCUUAGGAAUCGAGCAGACGGACUGAGCAGGGUGGUCCUCACACCCGAAGGGCUAGAGGAGGCAGAGCCGAUCGACGCGUUCCUCGACUACGAGGGUGGGACGCUGGUAGUAGAUAGCGAAAUGGCCGCAACCACUUGCACAACUGGGGAGCUAUUGAUCAAAGCACUCGAAAAGGGACCUCCAACAGUGGUUGCCGAAUUAAGGGAAGGUACGGUCACCAGAGUUCGAAGGAGGGAAGAGAAGGAUGCCAGGGGCAGUGUUGUGAAACCCUGGGAUGAACAAAUCGCACUAGCCAUUGAGGGAGGCGGGAGAAGGGUUAUGAGCAUGAUGGAGCCUCAAGAGCUGGAGAUGCAGCACUAUCAGGCCUAUCAGGUGGAUAAUAAUCAGACGGGUACUCAGGAAGAAGAGCAGUUCUUCCUCAUCAAGUCAUAUGAUGGAUUGUUCAGAGAAAUUGGGUUGCUACUGGUGGGGAACAAGGAACCCCACGAGGUAUAGAAGUCAGGCGGACCAAGAUGGCACCCAACAACGAGAACGACAUUAAUCAAGCAAACAUCAAUAU